GUAUCAGAGCCUCAAAGUCCUUGGGGUUCAUAAUUCAAUCGGUUUUUUAUGAGAAACAACAGAUAAAAGUCGCAAAAACAAGAAGAAUAGAAGCUGUCAGAAACUGACUGCAUUUGGGGUCGAAAGUAGUGGUGUUUUGGGGAUCGUAUUGUGAUUUGUUUUCAAAACUGUUUUUACACGGUAUUUGUGGUUGAGUUGGGAAACUUUUGGCUUUGGAAUCUUUGGAUUUGGUGUUGUGGUUAAGGAGAUAUGAAUUUUUCUUUACUGACUGCCCAAAACUGAUGAAAUCCGGGUACCUUGACAUCUUGAGGUGUGUUGUCACCAAGUUUCAUCAUACUUGGAGUUGGUUUGGUCGGGUUUUCAAUAGCAAACAUUUCAUACUGAUUUCUGAAUUUGGCUGUUUGGUUCUGAUUUGCCUCCUGUCUUGUGCACACAUCAAUAUUACUAGUAGUUGUUGCGGUGUUUUUGGGGUUAUGUGUAGAAAGCAUGCAAGGAGAGGGUCAAGAAUUGAGGACAAUUCUUUUUCCAAGAAGGGGAGAUUGAACCAUAUUGGUUCAGAUCUUGGUAGCUUGGCAAUAAGUGGAAGAAUGGACGUGUGUUGUUCAACCAUAUGCACAUGCAUCUCCCAAGUUAUUCUGAUUCUGCACUUAGUAAUUCACCCAUGGAUCUUGAAUGUAAUGAGAGCCAAGACAGCUAGGAAGGGGGGCCUAGCCAUAAAGGUGACCUUGCAAGGGAUGUCCCGAGCUAACCCACACACUUUGGGAGACAUGAAGGAUAAAAAUGGAAUCUCUAUACUUGGAUCUUUCCAUCAAGACCUUAAUUGCCUCUUAUCCAUCACGGGAAGACCCAAAGAAAUGGAGCUGAAGGUCGAGUGUUCAGCGGAUAGUGCAGCAAAAUAA